AAUGUGGAACUACAGAACAUACGCUAGUCCCAUCUGUCAGGUUUUUAUCGAUAAUAUAUCCGCAUCGUACAUAUAAUGCUAGAAGAAAAGUUUGUCAUUGUCUAAAGGUGAACUCCGGUAAGCCUGUCGGGAUGAUGAAGGGCGGACUGGUCCGCUUGAACGAUGCUAGCUCCGCCCGUUGGCCGUGCGUCUCCUCAGCCCUCAUUCAAAACAGAACACAGCUGUUGCAGGGCGCAUCGUUGUGUCUUGAGCGGUAGGUUAGCUCCAACUGUUAGCGGUCCGCUGUCUCCCGCUGUCUGCUGAUGAACCCGCUGGAAUACCGGCACAACACACCGGCGAACGGCGCACUUCGGUGGUGAGUUACAGUUUGACGGCAGGAGUCAAUCUCAGAGAAAUACAGGACUGUAUAGACGACGACAGAACAACAGGCUGACCUCAAGUCCUGCACUAUGCACAUCUGACACACAACUGAGGGCCAGGUGGGCUUUGCUGCUGCUGAGGAUGAUGACUGGUCUCAUGCGCUAGAGUUAGAUGGUGUGGGAAUGAUGGACCUCCCUAAUGGCCAAUCAAGCAUCACCACCACUGCUGCAACAGUCUCUGAGAAGAGCAGCAGCUCAGAGUCUCUCAGUGAUAAGGGCUCUUCAGAGCUGAAGAAGAGCUUUGAUGCUGUUGUGUUCGACGUGCUGAAGGUCACUCCUGAAGAAUAUGCAGGCCAAAUUACCCUCAUGGAUGCUCCUGUGUUUAAAGCCAUCCAGCCAGAGGAGCUGUCCAGCUGUGGCUGGAAUAAAAAGGAAAAGCACAGCUCUGCUCCAAAUGUGGUGGCCUUCACUCGCAGGUUCAACCAGACAAGUUUUUGGGUGGUUCGAGAGAUCCUUCAUGCGCAGACGUUGAAGAUCAGGGCUGAGGUGCUGAGUCUUUACAUUCGCACUGCCAAGAAAUUGUGUGACAUGAACAACCUCCAUGCAGUCAUGGCCGUGGUGUCAGGAUUACAGAGUGCUCCCAUCUUCAGACUUACCAAAACAUGGGCGUUACUGAGUCGGAAGGACAAGGCGACGUUUGAUCGUCUUGACUACCUGAUGUCCAAAGAAGACAACUAUAAACGUCUGAGAGACUACAUAAGCAGCCAGAGCAUGGUCUCUUGUAUACCAUACCUAGGGAUGUACCUGUCUGAUCUGACAUACAUAGACUCCGCUUACCCCUCCACUGGCAGCAUACUGGAGAACGAACAGAGAUCAAACCUGAUGAACAAUCUUCUCAGAAUCAUAUCAGACUUGCAGAGAUCCUGUACUUAUGACAUCCCAGUGUUGCCUCAUAUACAGAAGUAUCUCAACUCAGUCAGGUAUAUCGAGGAGCUGCAGAAGUUUGUGGAGGAUGACAAUUACAAGUUGUCACAGAAGAUUGAACCAGGCACCAGCACACCACGAGCAAAUGCCUCCAAAGAGGAUCUCGCCGGCCAGGAAGCGUCGGCAUCUCCUCUCUGUGGCCGUAAAUGUGUGGUUGCAGCUGAAGGAACCAAAGUUCCAGCAACACCUCCAUCUCCCAGGAACCUGCUGCCCUAUGGACACAGGAAGUGUCACAGCCUUGGCUACAAUUUUAUCCAUAAGAUGAACACGGUAGAGUUCAAAAGUGCUACGUUCCCCAAUGCCGGUUCUCGCCACCUGUUAGAUGAUAGUGUGAUGGAGAGCCACAGUCCAACCAGGGGACAAGCAGAGAGCUCAACACUGUCCAGUGGCAUUUCACUUGGGAGCAGUGAAGGUUCGGAGCUCAGUGAAGAGGUGUCCUGGCCAGCUUUUGAGAGGACUCGGUUCUAUCACUCUCUGGGCCCAGUGACCCGUGUGGCCCGCAUCCCCUACAGAGGAGUCCUGAGGCCCAGCAGCUCAGCUGAGUCAGAAGAGUUAGCGGUUCACUUGUAUCCUGGAGCAGUCACAGUCCAGGGUGUACUGAGAAGAAAGACUGUGCUCAAGGAGGGCAAGAAACCAACUGUGGCGUCUUGGACCAAAUACUGGGUUGCUCUAUGCGGAACUCAGCUCUACUACUACCCUGCCAAGUCCCUGAAGGCCACCGAAAGAAAACAUUUCAAGUCGACGUCCAGUAAGAGUGUGUGUGUGGUGGGGCUAAUGGCUAUGAUGGCAGACGAUCCUGAGCAUCCAGAUGUGUUCUUGCUGACAGACUCCGAGCACGGAAACACCUACAAGUACCAGGCAGGGAACAGAAUGAACGCUUUGCUUUGGUUCAAGCAUUUGAGCGCUGCCUGUCAGAGCAACAGGCAACAGGUGCCAGCCAAUCUGAUGUCAUUUGAGUGACUGGUGCUGAAGGAGAAGAACAGCAAAGGAGAGACGAGGAAGAGUAUUGACUCAGUAGUGGGAGCUUUCACUGCCAUGAGCCCUGACCGCCAAUUGUCCGAUUCAAGCCCUGGCCUCACUGCAGCCUCACCUGUCACCACUGCCUUAACCAGAGUACCCUGUGUGUGCUUGUACGCGUGUGUGAAAGAAAAACAAAUGCGACUGUGAGGAUAAAGUGACUGUUGUGGCUGUACUGACUACUGAACAAGGACCUGCAACCACUGCUUUGUCUCCAAUUUGCUCUUAGUGUCUUUUGUUUUCGCUGUUCAGCACUUCAGUAGAGCCAUUUGACCUCUCGUCUUCUCUCUCCCAGACUGUCCGUGGAUGGACAUAAAUAACUUUUUUUUCUUUUUAGGAGGUCAACUAUUUUUACGUGUGUACCCACCAUGCUCAAAUGCAGGAUUUUUCUCUGCUUUUUAGUCGUACAGACGUACAAAAUUAAUUCAAUGCCAACAACGUGCACACUCAAACUGGACUAACCCCUCUGGACUUUGGAGGGUUUAAUAACUUUUUUUAUACUUAAUUUGCGACUCAGUUCACACUCUAAUCACAGACUUUGUGUCAUCAUUCACUUGAGUUUUUGGGAGCCACGGGAUUCUUUACGUAACCACACACUUGCACUCUCACACACAGGCUAUUUGAUUGCAUUGUUGUAAACAUAAGGGCUCUGAUUUGCAAUCGAUUCCAGCAGAAACUAUCCCCACACAUCCUGAAUGUGUCUAGUUUUUAUUACAGAACCUAAUCCCCUUUUUGUCAUAUAUUCGCUAAGUGGUCUGUACGUAUGUGUGUGUCUUUAUAAAACUGAGGAGGGGACGGGGAACGAAGGCCUAAACAUUUGCUUACAUGACAGGAGUCUUGUCUGUUUUCCACAUAGGUACGAUUAUCCCAGAAAUCUAAGCUAAGACAUGAUCACAGUUUAUUGUUACUCCUUUUUACACCUUCGUACUUUUGUGUUCCUCAAACGUUCUCCAGUGUUGUCUGCUCUCAGUUGGCUGCCAUCAGCUUACAAAAGUAACACUCGGUUCGCCACAUUGACAAACACGAAAACACUAAAGACUUGAAACUGUGAAAGAGCCCAAUGAGAGCGAGCGAAGAGAACUCCGGACAUGAUUUUAUCUCCUUUUUGUUGCUUAAUGUGGUUAGAGAUAGACUUUUCAAAGCUACCUGGAGCCAUACAGAGCCUGUUUUAAUCUUGUUUAUAUUUUGUGUUGUUAGUUUUUUGUUUCCUAUUUUGGGAGGGAUGGUGCAGUUCACAGUAUUACAGUGUGGUAGAUGAUUGCACGUCAAUAUAAUUUUGUCUGUUACUUGUAAAUGUUACAUUUUUGUUUCAUGUUACUUUUUCCCCUCCCUUUUUUUUGGAGCAGUUGAGUGUUUUAUGUACUUUUAGAUAUUAUUUUUUCCCCUUAUUCUGUUGUAUUGUAGGACUGAGCUCACCUAUAGACCCUAACUAAUUUACAUCUGGUUUAGAGCAAAAGCACCUUAAUUAUAACUGGUGCCAAGUGAUGCCACUGUCAUGGUUUUAUUCUUCAAGUUGACGAAAUGUUAGAAAGGGCACAGCCGGCAGAAUAAGGUGUAAGCAUGAUUUACAGUUUCCACUGAGUUUCAGAGUACACCAGAUAAUGGUGUUUUGUUUUUGUUGGGAGCAAAUUCUAUCAAAAUGAACAAAGCUGAUCAGGACAGCAUUAGUUAUGACAAUAAUGGGGCACUUUUUACCUCUAACAGUAAACAAAUUCUAACCUUUUUAAAAGACCUGUUUACAUUGAAUGUUUACACAAUCUUUUACCCAACAUUACAAUCCUUCAACAUGUACUUCAUCUACCUGAUUUGAAACAGAUAUCCUACCUGUCACUGGGAUCUGUGAAGCUUAGAGGAGUUUCUAGACUGUUGAUAAAUAGUGAUGGGAUUGAGAGGUUAACAUAUCUGUACUCUGAGCAACAGAUUCCCCACUAAUGUGCUGCACUGCACCUCUGUUUGCAUCCACAGACACAGUCAGUCCUCUUUUAAGUUAAUAUUAAUUUUCCAAAGGGAAGACUGUGUGGGCCUUUACACCACUCAUGCAUAAACACGAUCCUCUACACAGUAAACAGCUAUUCAAAUUUAACAAGGGAUGGCAAGAUAAAGAUCACAAACUGAGACUCGGUUUCAUGACCAUUAGAUUCUCCUUUUGUAUAUAAUUGUGGAGUAGUGGACGAUCCUGUGGAUGAAUGAAUGAGAAAGCCAAAGACUGGCACAAUGCGGUUGUUAAAGUAUGUGUAUGCAUUUGGGUGCCUGUGCAUACUCCUAUUUUUUUAAACAUUGUAAUUCAAGUCAGAUCCCUGACUGGCAAUCCCUCGAGGCUGCCGUCACUGCUGAGCAGUGGGGUAACCGCCUACCUAAUCAUCGGUGUGACUGACCGCCAGCUCGUGCUAGGACUCCACGCUGGCCGGAUGCUGAAGUGGAAACAAGGAAGGACUUGAGAGGCAGAUAAAAAGUGAAAGCUGCACUCGUCCGUGUCGGUGAAAGUGGGCCCUGGGAGAGCUUUGUGUGCAUAAUGGAGCAGAUGUUGCAUGAAGUGGAAAAAAAUGAAGUGAAGCACAUUUUGUGAAUGAAAUGGGUGAGACAGAAAGGGGUUAAAAUAUUGUUUAAUUGUGUGUAUGUACAGAUGUUGGAUGGAAUCUUCUGUGACAUAUUUAGACAAGUGUACUGUAACCAGCUAUCAGUGACAACACGAGAUGUCAGGAAAAAAGGUGAAGCAAACGCACAGUCACCAAUAAAUUUCUCAUAUUCCAGAACCUGAGAAGAGUUGAUGGAAGUAGCCAAGACGUAAACAAACCCUUCUCCACAUUUCCCUCUCAGUUUAUUUACUUAGAAAAAAAAAACAACAGAUGACAAGAGAUGUAACUUGGGCAUCUUGUAAGCUUUAUUUGAAGUUAUUUGAGGGUAAAGGUCUUCUUUCUCUGCAGAAUGACCCAUGUGUCAAGCGCUUUUUAUGAGGUUUUCCUCAUUACAAGCAGAGUUUACAUCAUUUUCUGUUUUAUCUGUUUAUUUUGUACAGCGUACGGUCAAAAUAAUGGAAACUUUUUAAACUUGGGAAUGUUUUGUGGUUUUAACCGGAUUUCAAGGACAAUGAAAAUCUGUGCAAACAUAAUGACCCAGUGAUUGUCAGAAGCCUCGAGUUCUAUGACAAUGGAAAAUUCACAGUGGCAACCUUUCAUUGGGGAUCAUUAUUGGUUAUUGCAGGGAAACUUGAUGCCAUGGUUUUGUCUGAGUUCAAUCAGAGUGUGUGUUGUUUCCUGUAUAUUGACCAUACUGUCUACAAAUGCACAAUUUACCCUGUAUUAACUGCUUUGAACCUGCCGUCUGAAAUCUUUUUAACGGUCAUGAAAAAAUGUUCAGCAGUUGAGAUGAGAGGGGGGAUUUCAGUGUGGUUAUGCAAUGUGUUUGUCGACUGAUUUGGUGAAAACAUGAGACCAGUGUGAGUCUGUGCCUCCUGUGCGCCGCCCUAUCUGCACUGGACAGGCAUCAGUCACUGUUUACCAAGGACAUCAACAACCUUUAAGUCAUUGCGGGCGACGAGGGUGAUGCAUAUGACCUUUAACCUUCACCCUCUACCUUGCUGUGUAUGUGUGUGUCUGUCUCUGCCUACCCAUGUCAUGACUGUGGCCAGCGCUGUGACCUCUACUGCUGAGUGAUGCGCUGCCAGGUGUGAAGACUGAGAACCAAUAAACACUCUGCCUUUUUUUACUCCACA